CCCUGUCUCUCCUCCUUCCUUCCCGCUUCUUGGGAACCGGCUCCGGCGCGGGACGGCUCAUCUGCAUUUGGCCGCGAGGACCUGCGCGGGGAGGGCCGAGGCGGGAGGGCGCCGCACCGCGCUGUGGCGCCGCAGCCUGGGAGCCCGUGCGCGGCCCGAGCGGCCCAGGGAUCGCCCAUGAGGCCUCCGCCGCGCGGGACUAGGCAGCCCUGCGGCUCGGCCCUGGGGCUCCUCGCCCUCUGCCUGGCGGCGGCGCGGGCUCUGCAAGGUCAGGGUGUGUCCCUGUACAUCCCCCAGGCCGCCAUCAAUGCCACGGUGGAGGAAGACAUCCUGCUGUCGGUGGACUACUCCUGCCAUGGGGUCCCCACCAUCGAGUGGAAGUACACAUCCAGCUGGGGAGCCCAGAAGCUCGUGGAGUGGCGGCCGGGGACUCAGGCCAACAUCUCCCGGAGCCACCAGGACAGGCUUUGCACCUUCGACAACGGUUCCAUCCAGCUCUUCAGCGUGAGCGUGAGAGAUUCUGGCUACUACGUCAUCACGGUGACAGAGCGCCUGGGGGGCAGCCAGUUGGGCACCAUCGUGCUGCACGUGUCGGAGAUCCUCUAUGAAGACCUGCACUUCGUUGCCGUCUUCCUGGCCUUUCUGGCCGCCGUGGCCGCGCUGCUCAUCAGCCUCAUGUGGGUCUGUAAUAAGUGCGCAUAUAAGUUCCAGCGGAAGAGACGCCACAAACUCAAAGAGAGCGCAACGGAGGAAAUCGAGCUACAGGACGUCGAGUGUUAGCCACGGCUGCGCCCACUUACGUUCCUACCUCACAGGGAAAAUAGCAUUUUGCAGCCAAAGGAGCCAAGGCGUCCCGUGCACCCUCCGAGCCUCCUGCCCCCCGCGUGGAGGGCCUGGCGCCGGCCUGGCUGCUUGCUGGGCACCCACGCCAGGGUGGCCCGGGCCGCACGUCCCCGCCGAGUGCGCAGCCAGCCCGGCCUGGCCGCCCGUGCUCUUGUCCGCUCUGCUGUGGGAGCUACUGUGAGAAGCUAGAGGACGUGCCUGCCCCCCCAGAGGGAGAGCCCGGGAGGCUGCCAGGCCCUGGUGAGGUGGUCCGAGCGGCCCAGGUCCUGGGCUGACGCCUUAGGGAGAAGGAGCUUCACCUGUUCCCGAGGAGUGGGCCCUAGAAGCAGGAAUAGGGAGAAAAUAACCUUUCCAACAUUCAUUGGAUUUCUCUCUUCUGCAGCCCCAACUUAGGCUGGUGUGAGAAAAACAGAUGUUCUUGUCCUCAGUGGGCAGAGACGGGGGUCCAGAUGGCUUCCCACCCAGCCGGGUCAUGGUGCCUGUGUGAGAGGGAGCCUGCACGGGGUGGUAUGACUGGCAAAUGAGCUGGGGCUUCAGACCGAUGCUCCUCAGUCACCAACACUUUGUGUCUAGUCGGGCCCUCGCGCUCUCCCGAGUGGGCUGAGGAACGCUUGGCACUCACCUACCUCAGGGGCAGGGUAUCCGUGCAGCCCACAGUGUCCAGACGGCCCACCGAACAACUGGAGGAAAGCAUGAGGAUUCUUCAAGGAUCUGGAAAGCAGUAAGCACUCUACUGAGUGCUCCCCACCGAUAAAAUGCUCUGGGGUCUUGGGGCUCCAGGUGAAAUGAGGGACUGGAUCACAACUGGCCUUGGCUCUCAUCCUCAGCUUGUUGGCCACUGUGUUUACUUGAAAAUGUCUCCAUCCCGCCUUGCAUUUGGCAAGCUCUAAAGUAGCAUGAAUUUAUAUUCCAUUAUCUUUUCUCUCUGUAACACUGUUAGCUACAGAGCAGAAGUACCAUCCUGGUUACAGUGAAGGCUGAGGUCAGGAGCUGUGUCACCUGCAAAUUCACCCAUGUGGAUGUGAAGGAGAGCUAGAACAUUCCCUUCUCUUUUCCUUAAGUCUUCAAUGUCUACAUCUGUUUCACUUCCCAUGUGGCAAGUAAGAAUUUGCAUGGAGAAGUUGGGUAAGAAGCCGUUCUCUAAAUUCACGGUUACCAGAAGAGAUCUUUUGGAGUAGUCAGACAGGAGCUCUUCGAUCUUCCAGAAGGACUCUAAAGGCACUACUCGAUUCAAAAGGCAAGAGAGCAGUUGGUCCACACAACUGAUUUGUAGCUUGAGCACCUGCCACAGAAGGUUCUCACUCUCAGGCACACCUGGGUCCUUUCAGGCUCUGGGCUGGGACAGGUUUCUUGUACCAGUCCCCAGUGCCGUGAAGAAGUGGGGUGGGAGUAGCAAAACAAAAAGAGAGUCAAGGAUAAUCUGAUUAGUUUUUUUCUCCUCUUUCACACAGAAGGCCCAUCAGUGGGAAACCGGUUUGGAUUUGGGCAGCUGCUGGCAUCUCUGUGUCCUCUGUCACACUUCCUGCUUUCCAGAACUUCUCAGCUUGUCAGAAGUCAGGUGUGGUUAUCUUCAGAAUAAAAGGAGAAAUGGAGGGGCACCUGGCUGGCUCAGGAGGUAGAGAUGUGACUCUUGAUCUCAGGAUUCUUAGUUCCAGCCCCAUGUUGGGUGUAGAGCUUACUUAAAAAUAAAAUCUUGAAAAAGAAAAGGAAAUGGAAAAGCAUACCCAGUGAGAGGCUUCCAUUGACAAACCCAAAUGUAAAAUAAACUGCCCCCCAAAACUCAUGAAAAGUUGCUCCCCCAGCUUUCCAUUUCUUUCUUUUGCACUUUUAAAGCUCCUCCAUUCUGAACAUUGUCUUGGGAAGUAUUUGAUUCCUGAGCCUGAAGGAUUAUUUUGUUGUUGUUGUUUUUCAAAAAAGAAAAUACCAAAUUCUAGAGGUUGACCACUGGAAAUGUUAAGCUAUAAGUUAUGUUUUAAGCUGUGAACAAAAUUAAAGAAUGAAAUAAA